CAAUGACCGUAGUUUACAGUCGUCAGCUGACUCUAUAUAUCAAAGUCAGUUGGCUGUUACUUCAUAAAUUCGGCGGCUGCACGUUAGCAGACUACUCGUUCAGUGUAAGGAACUGUCAUGGUGACAAGAUGCUGUGUCUUCACGGCGAUAGCCGUUUUCUUGCUAGCUGUGGCUUCUGCAGAAAGACCGUGCAGCGGUUUCAGUCCUAGUGCUUUGCCUUUCAUAAUGGCACAACAAAGUGCAAAGUUGGUAGCACAGAUAAGGGAUCAUCAACAACGUGACAAAACUUUGACGGAGAUCAAAAGCAAUAUAACAGCUAUAGGUCAACAUGGCUCUGUGUUGCUGAAUUUAGUUAGAACAAAACCAAAUGAAGAGGACCAAAUCGUUUCCGAGCUUGUAGCAAGUAUCAACCUUCUAUCUAAAAUAUUUGGUGAGAGAGAUGAGGCAUUGAAGAAUCUGCAAAACAAUUUAACUUCAAUAACGAAAAGGCUUUGCCAAAGAGAUAAGUAUGGAAGAGAUGGAUCUAGCAAAGACGCUGCUGGACAAACAUGCAAAAGCAUUCGAAAUUACAUUCAACAAAGUGCUAGCUCUACCAUUCGUUGGAUUAACCCUAGCCAUACGCCUGGUGGUGAAUUUCAAAUUUUCUGUGACAUGAAUUCAUUUGGUGGUGGGUGGAAUCUUAUCUACUCCAGUCGAGACGACUCUAGUGGUCACAACAACAUGAAAAAAGGAGAUAGAUCAACUGCACACAUUACUAGUCUAGACCCAGGAAAUGCAAAUAAGCGUCUGGCAUAUGACGUAUUUAAAGCCAUAGAAGCAAGCAGUAUAGGAUACGAAGAAGUGAUGCUGACUGGAUACAGAGACUACAGACAUAAGAAUUCGUUGAUCAAGAUGUAUUUCAAUAAAACUGCAACAUCAGGAGUUAGUUUUAGUCAGUUCAUAGAAGGAGGAAUCACUGGUACAAGACGUGGUUGUGGCACUUCGAAAUCUUACUACGGCACAGAAAUUUCCAGUGGCAAACCUAUUGCUCUCAGCUGGGAGGAUAGCGCUUUCGUUGCUGGAGCGGUGUCUUCGGGCUGCUCUUGGUCUAAGGAAGUUUGGAAUGAGAUAGAUGCACAAGGUGGACACUUACUUGCUCCAAAAGAUUGGAGUCAUGCUGAAUCAUACAACCGUCAGUCUUCGUCUAGCGGAAGCUCCAGAAAUUACGGUCUCUUUCAUAUCUUUAUCCGCUAAUAGAUUCAUAAAAAUUUUGAAAUGCUGGAUAAGAGUAUUGCUGCACUGGAUGACCACUUAGUAAGUAGUUUAGUUUGACUAUUACUCUAUCGUGUACUCUCUGCUGUACAAUGUAUAAA